AUGUGGACUGUCAUUAUUUUUCUAAUAAGAUUUAUACUUGGUUCUGGUGCGGAAAAAUGCACUAGUUUGGUAGGCCCAAGAGCUUAUAAAUGCAUUCAGCAUCUCAACGAAAUCCGCGAACUAUCAUAUUCAAUUGAAAUUUACGACAAGGACAGCAAUUCCAAGAUUAACAAACCAUGUUCGGAUUUCAAAAAAUGUCAUGAGCAAUUGAAGUGUGGAGUGGAAGAUGGUGUUGUGAAGAUUAUUGAAAAAUUGAUUACAUUCUGCGAUAUCGUUGAGUUCCAUCAAUCCGAAGCAUUCGAAGAUUGCGAUUUGAAACUUGCGGAAAAGAAUUCCACGUGUGUUGGAGAAUGGAACCCAUUUCCCGUCCCAGUUCCAGGUGAUGAGAAGAAGACCGAAGAGAUGCAGAAGGAGGCUUGUAAAAACUUUUUCGGGAAGGAUAGAUGUUUGGAGAAGGAGCUGACGGAGAACUGUGGAGCAAAAAUAUGGAUUCAGUUCAAAAAGUACUACCUGACCCUGAACGAAAUCAAUGAAGCGUGCGAGUUGGAUGAGACUGGAAACAUUCGAUCCUAA